GGCAAUAGAAAAAUGACAACAGAAAUGAGUCAAAUGAUGAUUACAUUGAAAUGAUCCAUUGUUUAGACGAUUAGCGAUUGUCGAUCAGUAGGCGUGAGUCAAAUUCAACAAACGCAAAAUGUUGUCCAACUUAGUCAAACAACAUCAAAUGCGUCAAACGGCAAGGAAGGAAAUUCAAGAAAAACGUAAGAAAGAUGCAAUAGUUGCUUCAACAGCUUUGUCUCAUGUUUUGGUUGAUCAUCUCAAUUCUGGAGUUGCUCAGGCUUACGUGAAUCAAAAGAAACUAGAUACAGAGACCAAAAUACUCCAAGCUAAUGCCAGCCAGUUCUCUAAACAAACCAUCCAAUGGCUGAAACUUAUAGAAGAUUUCAACACAGCUUUAAAGGAAAUUGGUGAUGUGGAGAACUGGGCUCGAAGUAUUGAAACAGAUAUGAGGACUAUUUCUAGUGCCCUGGAAUAUGCCUACCGUAAAACUAGCUGAUGAACUGAUAAUGAAUGAUUAUCUCUUGAUAAUAGACCAUGGAUGUAUGGUGAAUAUUGAUAUACUCCACUUCUAGUGAUAUAAUGCCCUGAUAAUAUCAUUGUGAUAUUGGGAUGAAUUUGUAUAUAUAUUAUAGUAAUGUAAUUUGUUUUUGUUUAAAUCUUUCUUAUUAAUGAAUUAUAUCUUGUUUUUAUAAUGUUAUCAAUGUAUUGUAAAAGAAUGAAAUUAAGAAAAAAUACAUAAAUAUUUCAAUGAAAAAAAAA